CACCAUCGACAACUUAUUAGUUGUCAUUAGUCCGUCGGCUGCCAUCGCAACCAGCGACCACGCUGUUUUCCAUGCUUUCGAACUUUUGAGGUAACGCUAUGUUGCGCACAGCUGUCGAAACGAAGCUACUGCCGACAAGACAACACGACGAACCCAUUUCCAAGACUGUUGAUAUAUUAGAAGAUGAAGGAGAAAGUAGUGAUGAAGAAGCUGGGAAGGACUCUGAGGAGGAAAGAUUAGAGAAACUAGUGUUCGGCUCAUGUCGCGAACCAGUUGAGUCGCCUCACCUUAAGAAACAGAAACGGCGGAAGGCGUCCAAACGAAAAACGUCUGAGAGCGAUGCGGAAAGCGAUGAAGGGAGCGUUGGAUUGCCGCCGCUGCAAGUCGGAAAGAAACCUGCCUGGCAGGACGAAGACGAUAAUGACAACACAGAUGAAGACAAGGAUGUCUGUACUGACGGUCCACCUGUUCAUAAGAUGGUUAAAAAGGUGGACUCAGAUCAGUUGAGAAAAAAGUACACAAAAAUCAUGGGUGUGCCAAAGUGGGCAGAGCAGACUGAAGCUGAAAAACCUUCAGACGAUGAAGAGGACGACGAGAUCUUGCGAAAAGCCACCAGAUUUGUUGGAGACUCCAAGAACCUGCCAACAAACACCUUGCAAAUUCAUAAAUGUACACCUCUGGCAUUUGAGUCGAGGGAAAAUAGUGUGCUGAAGAGUGUUGAGUUUCACCCCAGCUCUCAAGUGGCGCUAGUAGCAGGUCUUUCGGGCACAGCAACAAUCUGCCAGGUUGAUGGCAAGACCAAUGCCAAAAUUCAGGCUGUCCACUUUGACCGCUUCCCCAUUCAUUGCGCUCACUUCUCGCACGACGGCCGCGAAAUAUGGGCGGGCUCUUCCCAGAAGGAUCACAUGUUCUGCUAUGACAUGAUGGCCGGGAAAACAACUCAGAUCCGUUUUCCUAAAGGUCUCAACAUCACAAAUGCUAAACAAUUUUAUGUGUCGCCUGAUGGACAGUACUUUGUGGUGACUGGGCGCUUUGGUGAAAUACACAUCGUCUCUGCAAAAUCAAAGGAGUGUUUGUACACAUUAAAAAUGAAUAAGCAGGUGAAGAGUGUUGCAUUCACUACCAAUGGCUCUUCGAUGUACACUAUUGGUGGCAGCGACAUCUGCAUUUGGGACAUGAACAGUCGUCGCUGUCAGCAUCGCUUUAUAGACCAUGGUUGCAUAGACGGACUUUCCCUGGCUGCUUCCCCUAAUGGACAAUUUCUUGCCUCAGGAUCUGAUUCGGGUGUGGUGAAUGUAUACGAGACAUCGAAGCUGCUCGAAACAAGGUACCCUGCACCUCUGAAGGAAAUUAUGAACCUCACAACAGAGGUAACCCAGCUGAAAUUCAACUGCACAUCAGAACUGCUAGCCAUGAGCUCGUCUUUCAAGCCCAAUGCUGUCAAGAUGGUGCACUUCCCUAGUCUGACUGCCUUCUCCAACUUUCCUGGAAAGCACGACUUUAGAUAUUCAAACUGUAUAGACAUAUCGCCCAACAGUGGCUACUUUCUGUGUGGGAACAAUUUGGGAACUGCACACUUGUUCAGGCUCAAGCAUUAUUUAAACUUUUGAUCCAUCUCAAGGCAUACUUCCAAGCGUCACAGUUGGACAAGAAUGGCUCUGUAAAAUACUCUGCAAUAAAUCUCUCAGUUGUAUAUCCAG